AUGAUUCUCUGGCUAACCUUAAUCUUCGUGACUUCGGUGGCUGCAGGACCACCUUAUCGAAAGACAAUACCUGAUAUAUUACAACCACCUCUAUGGGAUUCUGUAGAAGAAACAGACGUAGAAAUCAUCAACGUGCCAUUGUUUCAACGUGAUGCUGUCGAAGGUCCACCAAUGAUCGAUUCACCAUCGUUAGAUCCCGCCAUUACUCACGAAGAUUACGGAUCUCGAAGGUUUCCUUUGCGCGAUGCAGUCGAAGCGUUGCCCUCAAAUAAGAUCGAUUCUCAAGUCGAUAAUUUACCCCUGCAGAAUUUCAGAGAUGGUCGAGUGCCUUUAAGAGAUGCCGUUGAACAUCGUGAAGCUCCCUUCUUUGGGAACGUCGAUCACGAAUCGAUUUGGAUCGAACCAUUAGCUCCACCAACGUUAACAAGAAUGGAACAAAUCAUUAAUCCAAAAGUGGUUUGCUAUUUGGACUCUAGUGCAGUACACAGAGUAGAGCCAUUUUCUUUGUUUCCUCAAUCCAUACCACACCACCGAUGCAGCCAUUUGAUAUACAUCGCAGCCACUUUAGAUCCAGAGAAGAUGGUUAUCGUCUCGAGAGAUCGCGAAUAUGACGAGAUCAAGGGUGGAUACAAAACAGUAACGGGACAUCGAUCGAGGGAUCCAGCGUUGCAAGUGCUCGUCUCGAUCUCGGUUCCAAACCGAGGAAAAUUGUUCUCUGAACUAACCAAAAGUUAUUGCGCUUUCCACUGUGAAAAAUUUGCCAAAUCCAUCAUAAACUUUCUUCAAACGCACGACUUCGACGGAGUGGAAAUCGAUUGGAAAGGAUCGGCGAAUCAUUCGAACGAUUUGAAACUGUUGUUGAGGACAAUUAGAAAGCUUUUCGUUGAUCAACAAUACAUUCUUGCAGUGGUUCAAAGACCAGAAGAUCCGGUGGAUCAAGAAAUUAGUUCUGUGGCCGAUCUGCUUCUUCUGAGAGCGUGGAGGGACAGUCCAGCUUUCAGAAGGGAAAAAUUGGCACUUCAUCCGGCACCUCUGAAAUACGUAGCUCGAGUGACUAACAAAUGGAUCGAUCGUGUGCCGAGAGAACACAGAUCAAAGAUCGUUCUUGGUUUAUCUGUGUUUGGCCAAGGAUAUACCUUGAAAUUCGAGAACUUUACGGAUGCUGGCGCGCCUAUCAUUGGACCAGGAAUCGAGAAUACAUAUGACAAGCAGAAAAACGGAAGGAUGGCUUAUUAUGAAAUAUGUGAGAGACUGGAAGAUGGAUUGUGGACUGCCGGAAGAGAUGAAGAAGGACCGUACAUAAAACGUGGAGAUCAAUGGGUCGGUUACGAGGAUCCAUUGACGGUGAAAAUCAAAGUAGCGUACAUUAGAUCGAUGAAGCUUGGCGGAGUUUCUUUGUGGUCUCUCGACUUGGAUGAUUUUCAAGGUAUUUGCGGAAAUUCGUGGCCCAUGUUAAACGCUGCAACGGAAUCGAUAGGCUUUUACGACGAGACACAAUUGGGAAAAUGUUCCACAGAUGGACUUUCUAUCGAUCCCCAGAAUUGUUCAGGAUUUUAUUCUUGUCACAAUGGAGUACGAUAUCGGGGCCAAUGCGGACCUGGGAAAUAUUUCAAUUCGAACAAUGGUCGUUGCAUAAAAGCGAAUUCGAAUGUUUGUAAAUCUGGCCAAUUUAAUCGAAUUCAAGGAGAUCGUUAUCAGAGUGAAAUAAGAGAGUCACAAAAAUUGCAACAUUUAGAGAUCUCGUCGGAAAAGAGUCCCCGAGUAGUUUGCUACGUGACUUCAUGGUCGUUAUAUCGCAAAGGAGAUGGAUUAUUUGUUCCAGAACGUCUGAACCCUCGUUUAUGUACCGAUAUAAUUUAUGCGUUUGCUGGAUUGAAUCCUGAUACGUUGCUUAUUCAACCGUUGGAUCCCUGGGCUGACAUAGAAUAUAAUUUGUAUGAACGAGUGACAAAAUUGAAAGGGUCAAGAGUAUUAUUAGCUAUAGGAGGAUGGACAGAUAGCACUGGUGAUAAAUAUUCUCGUUUAGUUAGUAGCGGUGUUAUUCGUCGCAAGUUCGUUUCAGCUACGAUAAACUUCUUAAAGAAGCAUAACUUCGAUGGUCUCUCCUUUGAAUGGAAUUAUCCGAAAUGCUGGCAAAGCAAUUGUAAAAAAGGACCGGAUACCGACAAACCCAAUUUCACCAAAUUGAUCCAGGAAUUGAAAAAUGCGUUUGACCAACAAGAACCAAAGUUAACACUUGCUGUAGCCUUUUCCGGCUACAAAGAGGUGAUCGAUAGAGCUUAUGAAGUGCGAGAAAUCUCAAAAAUAGCGGAUUUUAUAUCUGUAAUGACGUACGAUUAUCAUGGUGCUUGGGAGUCAAAAACGGGACAUUUGUCACCUUUGUUUGGAAACGCUGCCGACGUUAAUCCGUACUACAACAUCAAUUCUACAAUGGAAUACUUAGUUAAUCUUGGAGCAGAAAAAUCGAAACUUCUGGUAGGGAUACCUUUAUAUGGACAGGCUUAUCGAUUAUCCAGUGAAAAUCUGGCAAAUCUUGGUGACCCGACAACUGGUCCUGGAACUGCUGGAGAAUUUACAAAGCAACCUGGAAUGCUGGCAUAUUAUGAAAUUUGUGAUAGAAUCAAAUACAAGGGUUGGAAAACUGGUUUAGGUCCAAGUGCUUACCUCAAAGACCAAUGGGUGGGCUACGAUGAUCGGGAAAGUGUCUACGCGAAAGGGGAAUACAUUUUACAAAAUGGUUAUGGAGGUGCAACACUGUGGACUGUAGACUUGGACGAUUUCUUAAAUCGUUGCUGUUCGGAGUCGUUCCCAUUAUUAAAGAGUAUAAAUCGUGCGUUAGGUCGUUUAAAAAACAAGGAAUUUUCUGAAGGAUGCCAACGACCAGCAGAACCAAUUACACCGCAACCUCCAACGUUGACAACUCACAGUGAUGCCGUGGAAGAGACUCCACGGCCAACCACACCGAUGACUAAACCAACCAUGUGGCCAACGUGGACUGAAAAGCCAAGCACAAGCACUCAGCAUACGAGUACAACCUGGCCCACUUGGACUUGGAAACCAAGCAAAAAACCAGAUACAACGACUAUGAGCAGUACUACAAUCUCUUCGACCCAAUCCACCAACACGUGGACUUCAACCAAAAGGCCAUCAACAGUGGAAUUAACGGAAGUAACGGAAAAACCAACGGAUUCUUCAAAGCCGGGAACAUCGUGUAUGAUAGGAGAAUAUGUACCAGACCCUGAAAGUUGUAAAAACUACUUUAGAUGUGUGCUCGGCGAAUUGCAACGCGAACAAUGCGCGCCCGGAUUGCAUUGGGAUGCAAGACGAAGCAUUUGCGAUUGGCCAGCUGCAGCGAAAUGUCAAGUGGAAACUGUAGGUUCUGUUACCCAGAAACCAUCAUGGACCACGACGACUGUUAAAACCACCACCACCACCACAAAGAAACCAUCUACGUUGGCAGUAUGGUCAUCCUCUACCACCCAGAAACCGAUCUUCAUGAAUGGUCCUAACGAGAAACCACAAAAGAAUUGCGUGCACGGCCAGUAUUACUCCUAUCCAAAUUCCUGUACGAGCUUCAGUAUUUGCGUGAAUGGGAAUUUAAUCUCUCAACAAUGUGGGCCAGGAUUGAAUUGGAAUAAAGAAAAAAAUAUGUGCGAUUGGGCGUUCAAAAAUCCUUGUAUCGAGAAACCGAAAAAGACAGCUCCGUUGAUUGCAACGGAUAUUAAGUCCAUGCCAUGCAUUCCUGAAAGCUACUCCAGCGUUCCAGGUGAUUGCGAAAGUUUCAAGGCAUGUUUAUGGGGUCGGUAUGAGGUGUUCCGUUGUGCUCCUGGAUUGCACUUUAAUCAGAGAACUCGCAUAUGCGACUGGCCAUCCAGAGCCAAUUGUCAAGAUAAUUCUGUAUCGACAGACGAUCAAGAUUCCAAUAUACCCAACAAUAAACCAAUUCGUCCAUCGAGUACCGAAAAACCUUGGGAAGAGAGCACAACAACACAAGCAACAACAACCACCUUGUCAUCAGCCGUGAUACAUCCUGAAAAAGUUUCUCCGUUGUCUGGAUAUUACAAAAUCGUGUGUUACUUCACGAAUUGGGCUUGGUAUCGAAGAGGGGUCGGCCGUUACGUUCCUGAAAAUAUCGAUCACACUCUAUGCACUCAUAUCGUCUAUGGAUUUGCAGUUUUGGAUUACUCGGAUCUGAUCAUUAAAGCUCACGAUUCUUGGGCUGAUUACGACAACCGAUUUUACGAGCGUGUAGUCGCGUAUAAGAAACGUGGAUUAAAAGUAUCCCUUGCUCUCGGUGGUUGGAACGAUUCAGCUGGAGAUAAGUAUAGUCGUUUGGUGAACAAUCCCACAGCCAGAAAGAAAUUUAUCGCGCAAGCGGUUCAAUUUUUAGAAAAAUACGAUUUCGAUGGACUUGAUUUAGAUUGGGAAUAUCCAGUUUGCUGGCAAGUUGACUGCAAGAAAGGGCCAUCUUCGGAUAAACAAGGUUUCGCAAGUUUACUGAAAGAGCUCAGCAACGAGCUAAGGCCUAGAGGUCUGUUACUUAGCUCCGCAGUUUCACCGAGCAAACAAGUGAUUGACAAAGGUUACGACGUUCCCGCCCUCGCCAAAUACUUGGACUGGAUCGCAGUGAUGACUUACGAUUACCACGGUCAAUGGGAUAAAAAAACUGGCCACGUUGCGCCACUUUACUACUAUCCCAACGAUGAUUAUUAUUACUUCAAUGCAAACUAUUCUAUUAAUUAUUGGAUCGCCAAAGGAGCUCCUCGUAGAAAAAUUGUUAUGGGAAUGCCACUGUACGGCCAAUCGUUCUCCAUAAACGAUCCUAGCGCGGGUACAGGAUUGAACAUACCAGCCAGUGGUGGACAGGCAGGAGAGUUUACUCGAGCUGCUGGAUUCUUGGCCUAUUACGAGAUUUGCGAUAGGAUACGGAAUCGUGGAUGGAAUGUCGUUCAAGAUUCGCAACAUAGAAUGGGCCCUUAUGCGUAUAAAAGCAAUCAAUGGGUCAGCUUCGAUGACGCCGAGAUGAUUCGAAGGAAAGCUGAGUAUAUCAGGAAUAUGGGUCUUGGUGGUGGAAUGGUAUGGGCAUUGGAUCUCGAUGAUUUCCGGGGACGUUGCGGCGAGGGACCGCAUCCUUUAAUGCAUACACUUCAGAAAGUAUUAGCUAAUCCACCAAAUAAAGAUGAGAAACCUGAAAAACCACCGAUCACAGUGGAGGAUUUAGAUCAAGAUGCAGUGGCACCCACGGUAGCGCCCACCACUGUUAAAACACCUAUACCAUCGUCGACUUCGACAGAUCAGGUGCAAUCUGAAAAUGGUUUUAAAGUAAUUUGUUAUUUUACGAAUUGGGCCUGGUACCGUCAAGAAGGAGGGAAGUUCUUACCGGAAGACGUGGAUACUGAUUUAUGUACUCAUGUUUUAUACGGUUUUGCAGUACUUGAUGGAUCUCAAUUAAGGAUAAAAUCGCACGAUCCAUGGGCUGACAUAGAUAACAAAUUCUACGAAAGAAUAGCAGCGUUAAAAUCGAAGGGUAUAAAGGUAUUGAUGGCCAUCGGAGGAUGGAAUGAUUCAGCGGGCGACAAGUACAGCCGUUUGGUGAAUUCGCCAUCGGCUAGACAAAGAUUCAUAGAGAACGUAAUCCAAUUUAUCGAAAAAUACAAAUUCGAAGGAUUGGAUUUAGAUUGGGAAUAUCCAGUCUGUUGGCAGGUUGAUUGCAACAAGGGUCCAGCAUCGGAUAAGGAAAGCUUUGCCAGUUUAGUGAGAGAAUUGAGUGAAAAAUUUAAACCAAAAGGAUUAUUAUUAUCUGCUGCCGUUUCUCCCAACAAACGAGUUAUUGACACGGGUUAUGACGUGCCAACCUUGGCAAAAUACUUGGAUUGGAUAUCUGUGAUGACUUACGAUUAUCAUGGUCAAUGGGAUAAAAAAACCGGUCAUGUAGCGCCUCUGUAUUACUUACCCAAUGAUUGGGAGCCGACAUUUAACGCUAACUUUUCUAUUCAUUAUUGGAUAGAGAAAGGUGCUCCAGCGAAAAAACUUGUUAUGGGAGCACCCUUGUACGGUCAAUCUUUUUCUUUAGCUGAGAGAACACAGAAGGGAUUAAAUGCGCCAACUUAUGGCGGUGGUGAAGCCGGAGAAGCAACAAGAGCAAGAGGCUUCCUCUCCUAUUAUGAAAUUUGCGAAAGAACGUUGAAGAAAGGUUGGACUGUCGUUCAAGACAAGAAACGUCGUAUUGGUCCGUAUGCGUUUAAAGGUGACCAGUGGGUCAGUUUCGACGAUGCCAGACAAAUUAAACUGAAGGCAGAAUUUAUAAAGGAUCUUGAUUUGGGUGGUGGCAUGGUAUGGGCCCUUGAUUUAGAUGAUUUCAAAAAUAGAUGCAACUGUGAACCUAGUCCACUUUUAAGAACCAUGAACAGAGUUCUAAGAAAUUAUCCCAAAGGCCCAUUGUGUCCAGUAACAAAUGAAUUUAUGACAAUCGAUGUCGGUGAAAUCACCAUGGAAUCAACGACUAGUGAACAACCAAGUUGGGAAGUUACCACUUCUCAUAGACCAAUGUAUUUACCACCAACGACCGCAGAUCCGUGUACCGACACUGACGAUACUAUCGAAAUAGAAGCUGAACCACCAUUAAUAAGCACUUCGCCAGAAGAUUGCGGUGGUCGUGUAUUCGUCCCCCACAAAAAGGAUUGUUCCAAAUACUUCUUGUGCAAUUUUGGAAAACUCACUGAAUACUCUUGUCCUCCUGGCCUUUACUGGAACGAGAAUCGUUGCGAUUGGCCUGAGAACACAAAAUGUAAAAAUUCCCAACGUCAGUCCAAUCAAUUACUCCCAUUAAUCUCCGCUCCAGAAACGGACAAGAAGAAAGUAAUUUGUUACAUAACAAAGUGGGGAAGAAAGCGAUCUGGAGCAGGGCAAUUUCUACCCGAAGAUAUCGACCCGAAUUUAUGUACCCAUAUCGUUUUUGGCCCUGUCAAGUUGGACCCGGAACGACUAAGUAUACAAAGUCCUCAGAGUACCAGCCAAAAGGAAUUCUUUGAUAAAAUAGUAGAUAUUAAAAAUAGAAACGGGCUAAAGAUUUUACUUAGUUUAGGAGGCUGGGAAGAAUCAAAGAGCAACAAGUAUAGUAAAUUGGCGCAUAAUCCGGUGGAACGACAGAGAUUUGCACGUCACGUUUCUCUUUACAUUCAGAAUCAUGGCUUCGAUGGCCUCGAUCUUCUUUGGGAGUAUCCAGUAUGCUGGCAGGUUGAUUGUACUCGUGGUCCAUUGAGCGACAGAGAAGCUUUUGCAGCUUUGCUUAAAGAACUGAGCAUAGCCUUGAAAUCCAAAGGAUUGCUCCUUUCUAUUGCAGUUUCUGCUAGCAAAGAAGUUAUCGAUGUAGCUUAUGAUGUUCCAGCAUUAAUCAAAUACGUUGAUUGGAUGAACGUUAUGAGUUACGAUUAUCAUUCUAAUUUAGAGAGCAAAACUGGCCAUGUUGCGCCGCUUUAUCAUAAUUCAAAUGAACAAACCAAAUAUUUAAACGUGAACUUUUCUAUAACUUAUUGGCUAGAACAAGGCGUGCCAUCGAAUAAGCUCGUAAUGGGUGUACCAACAUAUGGACAGAGUUUUACGUUAUUGAAAAAAUCACAAAGAAAUGAAACGCCAGGUUUUAACGUGAAAGUUUCUGGACCUGGAUAUAUAGGUGAUUUUACCAAAUCACCUGGCAUGCUUGCUUAUUACGAGAUAUGCGAUAAUGUGAAAAAUAAAAAUUGGUCGGCUAUUAAAGAUCCGAAGAAUUUAGUUGGACCAUAUGCUACGAAAAGUGAUCAAUGGGUCAGCUAUGAAGAUAUAUCAAGUGUAACGCAAAAAGCAAAAUUCAUAAGAGAUUUAAAUCUUAGCGGUGCUCUGAUUUGGUCCUUGGAUUUGGACGAUUUUAAAAAUCAGUGUGGUUGUGGAAAGUAUCCUUUAACAACAGCGCUUAGCCAAGGAAUUAGAGGAGAACGAGAACUCAGAAUGGAUUGUACUUGAGAUACACGUAUCUUGAACAAAUAUGCAAAUGAUUCACGAAUAGCAAUUCAUUUACAUUGUGUUCCACUUUCACGGAUAACAAUAAAUCUCAGAUUGCUCAUAAAUCAUAUUAGUCAGUGUAAAUACUGUAUAGCACAAAGUUAUAAAUACUUGCAAAGAACAAUAUGAUUUAGAGAGAAAAAAAGAAAAAAAAAAGGAUUUAUCUUGACGAUUUGUAUCAUAUUAUGAUUUUCAAUCGUGUAGGAUCGUAAUAGGAUCAAAUAGGAUUUGAUCUAUAUACUUCCACUUAGUCCGCAUUAUCUUCCGAUUCGUCAUAUAAUAAUAUAUUUGCAACGAAUGAUGUUAAUUAUAUGUUUAUUUUAUAUGUUAUGUUAAUUAAAUAUAUUUUCGUCUAAAGGCAUUAGACGAAGAUAUAUUUAAUUAACGUAGCAUAUAAAAUAUACAAUCUAAAAAAAAAAAAUAUAUAUUCAUUCUAUAUUUACAUUUUUUUUUUCUUUAAUAAUUUAGUUAACUUACUAAACUUUAGUUAAUUAACUAAAAAUUUAGUUAAAGAAAAACAUUACUUACAAUAAAUCGGAAGAUAAAAAUUGUAUAAUGAUUUGAUUCAUUAUAAACAUUGAUUGCUAAUUCGUUUUUAUCGAAGAAAGAAGAAAAAACUGUGAAAUGAUUAAAGAUUAAAGGAAAAUUAAAAUAACAAAAAAUUAUUUUUGGGUAACAAAAUUUUUUAUUAUUUAUAUAUACAAAAAGAAAAUAAAUU